CUUGCUAGAAAUCAUGUGAUGUUUCGUUUGCAAUCAAUAUGUGCAUAUUUAGUAUGUUUUGUCUGAAUGUCAUUUGAGAGACAUAUUGAAUAUAGCUAGACGAUAUAAACUCAACAGGAAAUAUUAUCAUGGAUGAGUAGCUGACAAAAUAUCAGGAUGAGAAAAUACGUAACUGGACCUGACGGGGGAUGGGGCUGGGUGGUCUGCCUUGGGACGUUUAUUGUAGCAUUUAUAGUGGAGGGAACGACUGCUGCAUUUGGAGUGCUAAUUAUACCAAUCCAAGAAGAAUUUAAAGCAUCGAAGUCCAGUACUACGUGGGUAGCUUCGCUGUCAUUUGGAGUAUGUUACCUCAUAGGACCAAUUGUUAGUAUGUUUCUGGAAAGAUUUUCCUUACGACAAGUUACAAUAACCGGUGCUGUAAUAGGAUUCAUCGCAUUUACGGUCUCUGCAUUCUCUCCAAAUAUUAUUGUUCUAAUCAUAGCGUAUGGUAUAUUAGGAGGAAUAAGCAUGGGUGUGACAUUUAUGACGGCAAUCGUUGCUGUAGGUAGAUAUUUUAACAACAGACGCGCAAUGGCAACGGGAUUAGCCAUGAGCGGAGCUGGUUUUGGAAUGUUCGCAUAUCCGUUCUUUACAGAAAUCAUUCUACAAGUGCUUGACUGGCGAGGGACUGUUCUAUUGGUUGCAGCUAUUUACCUGAAUUGUGCUGUAAGUGGUGCAAUGUUCAGACCACUUGCUAUUUUGGAACCCGAAGAAGAAAAUACCGAUACCACGGUGUCAUUAGAAACACGUGAAAAAUUAAUCCUUUCACAAAAAAGAAAGCUUUUAUCUGAAAAAAACUACCAUUCUUUACAACAUAUAAAUAGCCACGUUCUUCAAUACGAAGAAUUAGCUGCUAAAGCUAAUAGUAUGGAUUGUGUUAAAAUUACUGAUAAAUUUUUGCCUAGCGGUUUAUCUAAAAACGAUAUAUACAGUAGUGGCUUCAUGCAAAUUUCAUGCGAACAAAUACAGUCUGAAUCGAAACUAUCAUCUAUUGAACCAGAGAAUGAAAACUCUCGUUGUGUAAAUAUGGCCCGUUAUGGAGAUAACUUUCACGUUUUGAAGCAGCCUUCUUUUAUCGUGGUAUUGCUUACAAUGGUGUUUUGGUCAGUUCAGUACAUAUGUACUCUUUACAUCCCGGAUUUCGCUUCAUCAAAAGGAAUCCCUGGGACAGAAAGUGCCUUACUGGUGUCCUUCAUAGGAGUAACUAAUACCUUAGGACGGAUAUUUACAGGAUUUAUAAUAGAUUUUCUUCAUAUCAGGAGUAUAACAUUAUAUUUUACAGCAUUUGUUGUUGUUACUAUAGGAACAUUUUUACUUCCUUUCUGUAUAAGUUUCUGGCAGAUAGCAGUAUAUUCAAUAAUUUCUGGAUUCUGUGUAGGAACUUUCACAGGAAUGAGAACUAUUGUGAUAGUAGAUUUUGUAGGAAUUGAUCAUCUGUCUCAUGCGUUCGGAUGGGUAUCAUUUUUCCAGGGAAUAUCAUGUAUACCAGUACCACCGUUAGCGGGUUUCAUAUAUGAUAAAUCUGGAUCUUACUUCUACACGUUUUUACUGGUUGCCACAUACUAUCUGUGCGGUUGUGUAACCAGUCUAUCACUACGACUCAGUAAUAGAUGCUGUAAAACUGAAGAGACACUAACAGAGGAAGAACAGCCUUUUGAAAGAUAAUUAUUUAUUGAAUUAAAGGAAAAUAAAAAGGAAGAAAAAACUUACAUUUAAAUCAAAAGUCAUGAAAUUUUAUUCGUCAUAUAACAUAACUUGCUCAAACCUCUAAAACAGUAUAAAAUCUUUACAUAUAAGUGAUAUCAUUUAUCAGCUUGUAAUAAGUUGUUUAGUGAUAGCUCUUGGCAAUUAAACCAUAAAAGAAGACAUAAA